AAUGCGAAAGAACGUGACAAUCUCCAGUAAUUCAUCUGUUUACAUUGCAAAAGUAUAACGCCGUUCUUCAUUUUAACUCAAGAGCUCAUCAGGAGAAAAAUGGCAAAAAGUGUAGUCUCUGUUAAAACGUUGUUAAUGGUCGCUUUGUGUAUCCUCCAUGAUAAUACUGUCCUCGGCAACAAUGCCUGCGAGAAAAUCCAGGGAACGGAUGCCACUUCUAGUACUGAUCGAAAAUGUGUGGCCGGGGGUUGCGCUCAUGGGGGAUGCUAUGCUUUCCAUGUGAACACCGAAUUGGAUUUGCACUGUAUGGAUUCCUACCCCAGCGAAAAAGCUCCACAAUUCUACGAAUGCUGUGAAUAUCAGGCAACGAGUUGCGUAUUUGUCAAUGGUGUAGCAACAACCCGGGAUAGCAUCGAGUCUCCAAUCAAACGACUCCUCGACCGUGCAAGUAAACGACAACAGCAACGACAACCUUACAACUGAAGUGUAAUAGAAUCCCAUUCAAUUGGAAAAGGACAGCAGUAAUUAAACAGUAAAAACAGUUUGAGUGUGUUUGGAUCCACUAUGCUUACACAUUAAUUAAACCAUACCAUGUACUUCGCCACAAGCCACAAUGUUAAACGUUUCGUACCAGCUAAGGAUGCCUGAAUUUUUAAAUAUUCUUAAGUAACCGGAUACAAAGCUUUUUAAAAUUAAGUUCAGACGUCUAAUAAAGUGAAACUUACGUUUGAAAGGUA